AACCGCAUCUUUUUUUCUUAAAGUUUGUUCCAUUUCAAUUCCGUUACUUCCAUACCGUGAUUUUCUCCAAAUAUGUGUGACUCCAUGGCGGCUUCAGCCGUAACAUCAACCCUACGCCGCCACAACUCCAUAUCGGCGAUAACAUCCAACAAACUACUUCAUCCAUCAUCAACAAAACCACCAAUACGCUCUUCAAGCUUGGAUUUGGAGCUUCUUUUACUCAAAUCUCCACUCACUUCAUACACAUCUCUCAAAGACAUGCUUUCUCCCAAGGCCGACGUCAACUCUCCAACUGCCUUCGCCACCAACACCUCUGGCUUUGAGAUCUCAAUCCGUAAUCGUCUUGUUAAACAAGCUGCUCGGGCAUAUCUCCAGCCGAUGUCUUCUUCUGUCGCAAACUCUUUUAGCUCAUCUGCCCCUAAUUUCCUCCGCAGAAUUUUCCACCGGCUCUCAUCCGACAAUCCUGUUGUCGAUUGUUUCCGUUCACUUGUUUCAGGUUUUACCCGAAUUUUUUAUCGGAUACUCCAUGCUUUUGGUGGUCAAGUAAGAACAUGACACUAUCCUACCCUUCAAUAAUGAACCCAUGACUUAUUAGUAUUUGCUUUUAGGUUGACUUCAUUAUCAAAGAAUAAAGGACUCUUAACUUAGUAGUCUUUGCUUUUAGGUUGACUUCAUUAUCAAAGAAUAAGAGGCUUUUGAAGUUUGAACCAUUCUCUUAUUUACACUUUCUAAUACUCACUCUUUAAUCGGUUGAAAUCAACAGUUAUUCAUUUUAAAAUUAGAUCUCAUAUAAAAUAGUGAGACACACCUGAAUUUCAGUCUAUUAGAGUGUGAGUGAUUAGAACAUUUAGAAGAGAGGAUUGUUAGCCCUACUCAUUGAAUUGUAUAUAUACCAUAUGUUGGCAAUAAAAAUCUCUGCUCUUUUAUCAA